CUCGAUACCUACGAAAGCAGUUCGCCUGCUCGCGUCUCUUCGGUCAGUCGGGAACGGUGCGCCAAAAAAAUUGAAAUUUAAGAAAACGAAAAACUAAAUUGAUUGGCGGAGAAAUUAAAAAAAAAUAAAAAAAAAAAAAAAAAUAAAUAAACAGGGGUUCCGAAACACCUCGAACGUUUCGAAUUUUUCGUGUCGAAUUUAUCGCACCGAUCGAACGCUGAAUUAUAUUUCCACGUUAUUGCGAGUGGUGAAGUUGGUUUAUUUUCAUUAUUUUUUUUUUUUUUUUUUCAUUCAACGAUCCUCGUUGAAGUUUACGAACGAGAUCGAAUAAUAAGGAACAUUUUCAUCUUUGAAACAUAUAAACCGGACACCACGACCUAAUUUUGGUCCGCUUGUAAGAAAAAAAAAAAGAAAGAAAGAAAAAAAAAAACUUGGUGGUGUUGUAACCAAGGGAUGAAUUGAGUCUUGACUGUGCAAAUAUGCGGAGGAUUUUUGCUGGUCAAAACAACGUUGAGAAAGACUCAAUGGGGUUCACGUCGACACUGGCUUUGGUGUUGUUCCUCGCACCCGUCGUUUGUCACGCUGGUAUUUUGGACCCCUGGCAAUGGGCGCGUAGCGAUCGAAUAGAAGUCAACAUCCCUUGGCUACCUUUUGAAAACGAGACAAGAUGUUACGAAGAACUGGGGUGCGUGAACAUCACAAGGAGCUGGUAUCACCUAAUCCACAGACCCUUCAAUGUUUUCCCCCUGCCGAGGGAAGUUAUCAACACUAGAUUCAUCCUGUACACGAAAUCAAAUCCGACAGAAGGCCAGGUUCUUAUAGUGGCUAAGGACAAGUCCAUUAAACGAUCUAACUUUGACCCGAAACGGGAGACCAAGUUCAUUAUCCACGGUUUCAUAGAUACGCCACUUAGUAAUUGGGUGAAGGAGAUGCGUAAUGAGUUGUUAAAACAUUCGGACUACAACGUGAUAAUUGUUGAUUGGGCAGGAGGAAGUCUUCCAUUGUACACUCAAGCGACUGCGAAUACGCGCCUGGUCGGCCUUGAAAUAGCUCAUCUUAUAACUCAUCUUAAGAAUAAUUACGGACUGGAUUUAAACAGCGUUCACAUAAUCGGUCACAGUCUCGGAGCCCAUACGGCGGGGUAUGCCGGCGAAAAAUUAUCAGGUCGUAUCAGCAGGAUUACAGGAUUGGAUCCUGCUGAACCAUACUUCCAAGGGAUGCCAAACCAUCUGCGUCUGGAUCCUUCGGACGCCCAACUCGUCGACGUUAUCCACACGGACGGGAAGAAUAUAUUCUUUCUAGGUAUCCCGGGGUACGGAAUGAGUCAGCCCUGCGGUCACCUAGAUUUUUAUCCUAAUAACGGAAAGGAGCAGCCAGGUUGCACGGAUUUGAGCGAAACGACGCCUUCUCUGCCGCUCACUUUAAUUCGUGAGGGACUUGAGGAAGCUUCGAGGGUUUUGGUUGCCUGUAACCACGUGCGUGCAAUUAAACUAUUUACGGAAAGCAUAAACUCCAAGUGUCAGUACGUCGCUCACGAAUGCGGAAGCUUCUCGAGUUUCAUGCGUGGCGAGUGUUUCUCCUGUAAAAGUAACAGCAGCGUCAGCUGUGCUGUGAUGGGUUAUCACGCCGACAAAAGCCCCGCUCUUCUGAGACACCAGAGUCAGGAUCAGGACGACACUACACCGCUCCUAGGAUCAAGAUUUUUCUUCACCACCGGCAAGGAAGAGCCAUAUUGCAGGAAACAUUAUAGGAUUACGAUCGACCUGGCGAGACCCCCCACAGCUGAAAGUUGGGUCCAGGGAUUUAUGAAGGCGACUUUGCACGCCGACAACGGUGUAAUUCGCAACAUGGAUCUCACCCCGGGAGGAUACAUGAAGCUCGAACAUGGUACCUCUGCGAGGAUGGUCGUUUCCCACAGUGGUGGUGCGAGUGGAGAUAUUGGAAAAAUUCGGCGCGUUGAACUCUCGUGGGAAUACGAUAUGGACGUAUUGCAGCCACGAUCCCUGUGCUUUUUCUGGUGCAAUGAUCGCCUUUACGUUAAUAGCGUCGCUGUUGACGUAAUGGAACUUCCUGGCAGAGGAAAAAGGGAGACAGACUUUUCAAGCAAGCUCUGCUCGGCGGGGAGGCAAGAGUACGCUGAGAUAGCGAGCAGAUCGAGCGCCUCGUUCGUUGACAAUUGCUCGUAGCUAUUUCGGGAAGAAGAAUGAUGUAAAAAAAAAUCCAAAUCAAGUCGAGCCACAGUCAAGUGAACAUGUCCCUGAUGAUAAGUCAAUUGGACUGAUCAGAUCCGCUGGCAGAUGGAUCUCAAAGUAUGUCUAGAGAAACAAAAACAAAAAAAAAAACGAUGACUAAAUAUAAUAUACCUGUAAGUAUAUUCCGAAUUAGCGCUCGUUUUCACCAGUAUUAAUGUGAUCAUGUUGUAGAUAAACUUCUAGUUUUUAUAAGUUUGUAAAGGUUGACAAAUAGGUGAUGAACCAUCGCUACAAUUUUGGGUGUAACCAGCUGUAGAUAUAUGUAUAUUGAAUUUUUUUUUUUUCGUAUCAGGUAUAACCGCGUAUGUAUAGUAAAUAUUACAUACCCAUUUCCAAGUUGCUGCGGUCUAUGUAUAUUAAUUAUGUAAAUACAUACAUGUAUACAUACCUACAUGAUUUUAUCAUCAAGCUCACUGAUAAAAUAUAUUAUACGUAUAUGUAUAUGAUCAUCCGCAUACAUACCUAAUAAUUGAGUAAGACGCAUCAAUGGCAUACGUGUUAUUAUUUUACACUUUACAGGUGCAUUUUACGUUACGUUACUUUGCGUUACGUUAUUGUAGUGCUUAAAAAUUAUAAUUAUCUAAGUUAAUCUUUGUGAUAUUGUGCUGUAAUAAUUUAAGGUACGCCGCUAUAGUAGGCGAAAAAUCCCAGAAUUGUGAAUAUAUAUUUUUUUCUAUCAUACUCCAAGGUAUAAUCUGCCACUUGCCCAAUGUACAUACAUAUAAUAUACACAUAUGUAUAUAUAUAUAUUAUAUACGAUAUUAAUAUAUAUACAUAUAUCAUUCUCGAAAACUAGGAGGUACUUUGAAGCAUAAGCUGCAUAAUGGAAGACUACAUGAAUGAUUUCAAGAUAUUUUAACAAUUAUCGUCGCAGUAGACUGAUUAGACGAAAAAUGUAAAUUGACAUGAUGCCGUGACGAAACUUUCAGAAUAUUGAACGAUCUUAAGACGUCUUUGAGUAAAUAAAUGUUGAAUGUAACACAGAA